AUGGACUCAAGUCUUACUGUAAAUGCCCCAGCAAUAAAUGAGGGCUCUCAAAGCGUUAAUGGUGCCUGUGAACUGCAAGAUGCAGCAUUACUAGUUACACAGCCAGAGUUUGCACCACAGAAUACCUCUACAAAAUCUUCAAGACUUAGUCAUAGUCGGAAACGAAAGCAGGCCGGUUCUAUUCUCCAUGAGAAAAGGACAUGCCCGGACAAUACACUAGUUUCUGAAGCGCAACCUCGAGAUACUGCCACAGAUUUUAUUAAAACAGUUGGAGCUGGAGAAGGCACAAAUUCUUGGUCUGCUGCGUUGGCAAGGGUCUCAGAAGCUAACGGUGAUGCGAUAGUACCGGAUACUACUACCGUCCUGACAUCGUCUUUGGACCCACAUACAUCUGCUGUGGUUAAUCUGCCACAAGUGGUUGGAGCCGAUGUUGAGCCUUCUGUGAUUUUUGAACAAUCUCUACCUGCAAAUCAGGUUCAUUUCAAUGAGUUGUUGCUGAGUUUGACUGCACAAGUGAAAAGACAGAAGGAAGUUAUCGCUGCAUUAAAUUUGAGGUAUACAGAUCAAGAGGCAUUGUUGAGAAGACAGACUGAAGUUAUCGCUGCAUUAAAUUUGAGGCAUACAGAUCAAGAGGCAUUGUUGAGAAGACGGGCUGAAGGUAUCGCUGCAUUAAUUACGAGGACUACAGCUCAAGAGGCAUUGACCAGACUUAUAUUUGAAGCGCUCCAGAAGAAGUCUAAAGAACAAAAGUUGGUGAACAGAAUAUUGAUUGACCGAUUGGAGAACAUUGAAAAAACCCAGAGAGAAAAAGUGUUGCAAUUACGUGAAAUGAUAAACACAAUCAACCAGAUCCAUAAACAAAUUUUUCAACAUGAAGUUAUAAAACCUGUGCCUGUUUUGCCAGAGCUCUCACGUCCCCAAAUAUGUGAAAUGCAGAAUGAAAUGAUUCAGAUUUUUGAAACAAAUUUGUUACAAACAGGUCAUGGCGGAGUAAAUUCUGCAGAUGAUUGUAAUUCGCCAAAUACCCUUACUGGUUUAAGUCAGAGUGACGUAGACAUACUAGUGCGUGAUGGAGGGACAGAAGGUGUUUAGCAUCCACAUCACAUCUGUUAACAGGUACGGUUACAUCAGAGUUUUCAUUAACGGUUUUAUAAAGUAAGCUGGUCAUCUCACAUCUAAUACGAUGUUUAAGUAGACACUUUACCAAUCCAGUCGCUAAGCAUGUAUUCCCCAUGGUUUUUGUUAGACUCUAAUAUGAAUAUGAAUGAAAUCCUUACAGCUGUCUACAGCGUCACGGACAAUCCUUUCGUUCAAAAUAUGAAAUUGUAUUUCUUUUUUUGUUAUAUUUUUGGCCAUUUUUGCCUUUAUUUAACAGUGUGUAAGGAGAUGAUAGGAAAGUACAGGGAAGAGAGAGGGGUAUGGGAUCGGCAAAUGACUAUGAGCCGGGAAUUGAACUCGGGUCGACGAAAGUCGCACCACAUGUCGGAGUGCUGCCCAUUACACCAUCGGCUCAGACGAAAUUGUAUUUCUUAAGGCAGGGUAAAGAUGAAUGUCCAUGUAUAACUAUAGUACAGUAAUAAUUAAUGUUGAUUUGGAUUAAAUAAAGUAUGCGGCUCUUCAAUGUGGUCUUUGAAACAAAUAUUUGCCUACCCCUGGUCCAAAGGUGGCACAAUCUGGGCACAGUCACCCUAAAAUGUGAUCCACCAAUGAUCUGUCAAUCUGAUGUACAGUAUAUAUGCCAUUGGAUACUUUAUUAGGUACAGCCUGAUCCUUAUUUACAUGUAAAGUUUGCAUUUUCA